AUGGCGGCUUCCCUCGGCGCGGCGGGGAGGUGGAUCAUGCGUCUUCCACUGGAGGGGAUUCGCCACGCCCAGCAGAUUGACAGAUCCAGCCGUCUUUGGAAGCAACACUGUGGCUCAGAGUACGGUGCGUCGGUUAUCCGGCAGUACAAGGAGCACCUCUACGAUCUCAUCGCCGGCGGCCACCCCGACUCCGCGACCUUCUUGCGGAACCGGAGUCUGCUCAAGGAUCUCUCUACACAAAUCGAGCCUAGACCACAUGACCCUCUAUGGCGCAAGUUAAAAAGAAACAAGAAGGUGGCUCGUCAUGCUGCGUGGACGGGUAUUGUUCUUAUUUAUGCGCUCGGUUAUCGUGCCUUGGCUUCCGGUCCUGAAAUAGUAGAGUAUGAAGGAUAUCUUGUUACUGCCGAGAGUCUAGCCAUGAUACAAGGAUAUCAGCAGGCUGCUGAGAGAGUGCACAAGCAAGAUGGAUACCAGCCUAUUGCUACUGCUGAAUAG